GGCUGCAGCUCCCUGGGAGCUCUGCAGGAGUGGCGCAGGCCCUGGCCUCUGAACCCAGCUGGCCUUGAGAACCCAGCUGGCUCCUUCUCACCCUCCCAGCACCCAGUUGGCCCUUGGAUCCCCGGGCCACCCUUCUAUCCCUGCACUGGAGGCUCCCACUCCGGGCUGGGGAAUGGUGCGCUGAGGUUCCUCUGAAGCCCCUUGUCCAGGCCCUGGAGCUGGAGCAGCCCAAAGCCCAGACCAACAUGGCUAACCCAGGGCAACCUCAGGAGAUGGGUUCCACCUCACCGUUGAAACUGCCCGAGAUGGAGAAGCUCCUCACCAAGGUGGAGGGCAAGGAUGACAAAGCCCUGAAUCUGUCCAAGUCCUUCUCGGAGGCUCUGGACUUGGAGAAGAACGGCCACAGCCUGCCCUUCAAGGUGAUCUCCGAGGGGCACCGGGAGGCCUCCCUCCCUGGCUCCCUUUCCCGGGCCAGCUCAAGGCGGGCAUCCUCUGUCGCCACCACCUCUUUCGCCCAGGACCAAGAAGCCCCCAAAGAUUACCUCAUCCUUGCCAUCGCCUCUUGCUUCUGCCCUGUCUGGCCCCUCAACCUCAUCCCCCUCAUCUUUUCUAUUAUGUCUAGAAGUAGUGUGCAGCAGGGGGACCUGGAUGGGGCCCGGAGGCUGGGCCGCCUGGCCCGGCUGCUCAGCAUCACCUUCAUCAUCAUGGGGAUCAUCAUCAUCAUCGUGGCCRUCACCGUCAAUUUUGCAGUUCAGAAGAAAUAAAAGUAACCAGGGAGCCGUGCAGGCAGAGGAAGACCCUGGUCAGCCACAGAGCUCCAAACCCACACCCUGUACCACAGGAGGACUAGAUGGUGACUGCCAAGUGCCCACCUGUCCUCAAGCUCCAAAAGCACAAACUUGGAGGGAAACCCCAAGUUAYCCCACUGUCAGUCCACAUCAGAUGGGAAAAUCUGGAGAAAGAAUGGAAAGAAGAAAGGAAAGAAAGAAAGAAGGAAAUUAAAUUUACCAUGAAAACUAUGAAUAAUGUGGUUUCAUCUCCUGGACACAUCCCAGCCUUUUGACCCCAAGGCUCUGGGUUUGUUCCUCGUGCCUGCAAUUUCCUGGGACCUUUGAAGUAGCAUAAACUGCCAGAAUGAGAAGAAAACCAGCUCCACAAAUAAGACCAAUUAUGUAGAGAAAGCAGCAGCCCAGGCCCUUCCUUCCUUGGACAGGAGCAAAGAUGUGGGACUUUACCUUUUAUAUUUUUCUCAAAAGCACACUUUGCAUGCUCUGUGCCACACGCCUGCUGUGACCCCCUACCUGAGCUCACAGGUGAAGCUGCCACUUGGCACAUGCCCUCGGGCACCCCAUGGUGCCUUGCCCUGGAAAGAGGCAAUGGCCACACACUUAAACCUCCCUUGCAGGGUGGAGGCACUUACAGGGAUAUUGGUGAAGGCGAGUACAGGGGCAGCAGGACACACUGACCUCUUCCCAAACUUUUCAGCCUCGGAACCCCUCUGCUGAGGACUCUGGCCCCAGCAUGCUUCCCAGGACAACUCAGUGUGCCUCUUGCUCCCUACCUGUGCUGUAGCCUGGGAGAGCACCAACAGGAACUUCUGGGACCUGACCCAACCUAGGUCAGCCKUGGGGAGGGCAGGGCUCGGCCUGCCGGGGCCUCCUCCAUGAUCUGGGGUGCAAGCUUGAGAACCUAUGCAAAGUGGCUCMGGGGUUCGCAUCCCUAACACUCAGGGUCCCCAUGCAGAGUGCCUUGGGUGGGGCCUGGCUUUAGUCUCAUCUGAUGCUCUAUGUUUGGCCCAGUGUUCCUGGACAUCCACAAGCAGAAAAUGCUUUCUCUGUUCAAGUGGUUUGGGGACCACCCUCAGGGGACUUCCCAUGAGCUUCCAAGCUGCUAGAGGUAUUUGUGCUGCUUGAAAAGGAAUGGGCUGGGUUGGAUCUAGAGGUCCUAGACAGAGGAAGGGCUUAGUGGAAGGGUCCAGUCUUUGAAGAGUAAGGGGCCCCAGGUUUGGGAGAUAUACUCACAUGCCCAGAGGCAGGGGCUGGACGCCAUAGCCUCUGAGUUUGAGGAUCUAGAGGGGCACCUGAAAAGAGCUAAAUAAGGCCCUCUGCCUCCCACUGUUCCUUGGUCCUGUGAUCUCCCCAGAUUUCUCCCGGGCAGAGGCUGUGCCCACAGGGGCCUCACCUGCUCCUGGGUGCCCCCUGGCUUCAACUCAGACCUGGAGAGAGAUGCCCAGGCUUGCCCACCUCACAGCCAGGGUUACUACCCUCAAUGGGGGGACAGGUUCCCAGACACAGCCUGUUUUGCCUGGACUCCAUCAGGACCCACAUGCUCCUCUCUGAGGCCCUUGCCUCUCAGAGGCUCCAGAGCAGAGCCGGUGAGCACAGAGACUCUGGCUGCCGGAAGGUGCUCUUGGUGCUGUGGCAGCCCUGAGCCUUCCAGACAGGGCCUGUGUGACCCCUGGGGAGGGCAGGGAGGCUGGGUGGAUCCCUUUGGGACUGUGUUCCUACAUCAGUUUCUUUUGGGGGAAUACACUCUCCCAUUCCUGAAGGGGAGACUAGUUUGGUUUGCUUUAUGGGCUCUUUGGGACCAAAAUAGAGGUUUGUUGGGUGACAGGGGGAAGAGGUGUGAACCAGAGUAUUCUUGUCGCUGGGGAGAUCAGGACAGGCAAGGGCAGAUGUAAGGUCUACGGGAUCAGCCACGUGCAGGCUCGUGGUCUGGCAUGGUCUCCUGGUGGGCCCUGGGGUCCCUAAGUUCAGCAACUCUGGGAGAAGAGGAAAAGGGACUGCAUGACUUAGGGACAGUCCCAUGGGGAAAGUGAGGCAGAGGUGAGCCUUUGCCUCAGAGCAUCCAGAGCAUGGCCAUACCCAGGUCUUCCCACUCUGCAGAAUCUCUCUCUCUCUCUCUCUCUCUCUCUCUCUCUCUCUCUCUCUCACACACACACACACACACACACACACACACACACACACCCUCUUUCCUGCUCCAAUCCCAAAACAGUCAAGGGCCCUGCUAAGGUGAAGCCACUAGCAGACAGCACCAGGAGUGGCUGAGCUGGAAUGUUCUUCCACUCAGGUCAGAGCAGCCUGAGAGUCUUCUAGUGAUACCAGGGUCAAGGGAAGCACAGGGCAGGAGUGAGAGACGACGGAAGGAAGGUCUCUGAAGCCUUCCUGCUGCGCUGGAAACGGGAGGGACAGUGAUCCUGCUAUUCCAGCUCCAUUAUGGGUCCAGCCACCAGAUGCAUGAACAGGUGGUCCCCUGGCUGGGGGUACCGAUCUAGCCUCUCCCUGGAACCCCUCCCCACUGCCAUCACCACUCACACCAGUGACUCUGUAUUUCUUGGCAUGGAAGGAAAUA